UUGUGACUUUUGUAAACGAUUUUGAGCUUUAGAGGCUGCGCUCGAUCGAUAACAUUUAUUACGAGAUUUUGCUUUGCGAGGUCAGGUAUUGAUGGGUUGGUGUGGUGUCUCCAAUUGAGAAUACUAAGGCGUUGUAAAUCGCGACCAUGGAGGCUGGAGGUGCAUACGGGGGUGGCAAGGCCGGAGGCGCCUUCGAUCCUCAAGCCUUCGUCCAGAAACCUCAAGUAAUAGUGCGAGCAGUGUGUUGGCUGUUUAGCGUGAUUGUCAUGGGCUGUAUAUCCGCUAAAGGCUGGUAUAUCAACAAGGAGAGCGGCCAGGAGCGUUGUGUGUACAACGACGACACCAACGCUUGCAACUACGGCGUUGGGAUCUCGGUGAUCGCCUUCGUGGCUGCCGUUGGCUUCAUCGUUGGUGAAUACUUAUUUGAGCAGAUGUCGUCCGUGAAGACAAGGAAGCAUUAUGUGCUGGCUGACAUGGGAUUCUCUGCGUUCUGGGCGUUCCUGUAUUUCGUGGGAUUCUGCUACCUGUCCAACGCGUGGGGCAAGACCGACAACCCGCCCAUGGGCACCGCUAACAACAUGCAGGGCGCCAUCGCAUUCUGUUUCUUCUCUAUAUUCGCUUGGGUGGCGUGCGCGUUCUUCGCUUUCCAGCGCUACCGCGUCGGCGCAGACGCGGCCUUCGCCCCCGCAUACGAGGUGGAGGGCGGCGCGGGGAGCCCCGGCGCCUUUCCCGCGUACCCCGGCGCGCCCGACCCCCAGCCCGCCUACAGCGACCCGCCCUUCUCGCAGCAGCACGCCGGCAACAUCGACUACUCUGCCCCAACGUAUUAAGUCGGAGCGGCUGCUAUUACUAUUUACUAUUAUUUGCGAACAGUAAGCAUAUACAAUGAAUGGCUUAAAUAUAUAAUACCAUAAUUUGUCACGAUGCAACCACAAGUAUUAUGAAGCCUAAUGACACUGCUACUUAAAUGUUUUUCGUCCAUUUAUUUUUAGGUUUAUUUUAUUUAAGCGCUUACCACACGUAAAGUUCGGACCACAGAAAAGAUUUGCCGUUCGAACCCUCGCUCCAAAUAUUUGAUUUUCCCUACAUGUGGGAUCGGCAAUAUAAAGGAUAAUUUGUAGAAGUACCGUUUAUACUUCUACAAAUUAUCCUUUAGACUAUUUGCGUUUAAAAAAGAGUGAAGUGAUGAUGCUGAAAACGUAGUUAUAUUUCCUGGCAGGGUGAUUACGUAUCUUACGACAAGUAAGCAACAGGCAUUUGACAGCAUAUAUUGUGCAUUAUCAGCUGUCAAAUAGCUGUUGGUUAGUAAGAUACGACCCAGCAAGCUAUUGGAUCGGAUGCGUCUUUGGUCAGUUUUGACAUAAUUACACGGAUUAUCUCACCACACAGUAAACAGUGCCGAAUUUAUAUUUUUUAUGAGAGUGGGUCACUUUAUUUCUGCCGCCCUAAGUUCGAAAUCUGUACGGCCUCUAUAGACGCUACCGCCCCUAGGCCGUGGUCUAUAACGGUCUAUUUAUAAGGGGGCUGACAGUUUGGAAUGCAGUCUGAUACGCAGUCCGAACUUUACGUGUGCACGGUAUUGACACAAAGCGUUAAACAUGAUAGUACCUGCUUUACACAGACAAUAUCAAAUAUAUUUGAUGUAAAUAUGGAAAAGCUGAACAGUUUUUGUGAUUAUUUUGAUUGUGAUAAACAUAAUAUAUUGUUUAUUUUGUGCCAUUUUCUAUCUAAUUUUACUAGAAUGGCCUGUCAUAGAUCUUUAUUUUAAGAAAUGUUUUAUUUUUAAAUUUAAAUAAUUUUAUUUAUGAGCAUUAUUAUAUGUACUUUAAGUAUGAACGCAAAAUUUGCCCACGUUUCUGAAUCAUAGGCACAUUUUCUUUGUUUUUCUACGGACAGAAAAUAUGAUGGGCAAAGUUUGCAGCUGUGAUUUGUUUUUAAUUUUGCUGUUAUUAAUAAACAAUUAUUGUUUCCGCUUCCAAAUAUUAUCUAGUAUUCAGUAUUAAUGUAAGCUUCUCCAAAGCAUAGUAUUUUUUUAAAUAUAUGUAAUCUUCUAACUUAAUGCUAAGUAUAUUGAAUGUUAUUACUCUUUAAUAUUGAGCUUUCUGUUCUGAUGCUUAAGGUCUAAAGUCGAGUACAAAGAUGAGUAAUAGCAUUUUAUCUAUGUAGUAAAUAUUGUUGCUUUAUGUUUAUGACAAUUAAUAUUUAUAUUAAUUAAAAAGGCAUUAAUUACCAAAGAUAGAUCUUUACUUAAGUUUUAUUUGUAUGUAGUUAAUUUUUAAAAGUAUUUUCUAGAAAUACUUAAUACAUUCAUUUUGAUCAUACAUGGCGCUUUUUAAUCUAAUAGUUCUAAGAAUGUGUUGAUAAACAAUUUUGUUCCACAUUCCAAAAACAGUAAGCGCAGAAAGCUGAUCUCAUCUAAUCACCCAAAGAUGUUACUUAAAACACGAAUCUCGCGUUUUAUAAAGAAUUUCCAUCUAAGCAUAACUAUUAAUUGUCAUAAUAGUGUUUAUAUAUAAGCGGUAGAUAUUCUCACUUAUAUAGCUUGCACUGUUAUUUGUAAAGAAAUCGUAGCAAUAAUUCUGUGUAGUGUUUCUCAUUUAAAUUAGUAGGGCUUCGCUUCGGUUUUCUUUAAAUGGGAAACUAUACAUUAGUUACCAUAUCAGUCGUGUAAGAAGGGCAUAAGAGAUUUUAAAUAUUUUUGAACUUAGAAAAAUAUUGAUCAUAGACAAUUUUUUUCUUUUUAUUAAAAUUUACUUCAUGCAAAACCCCAAAAUGAUUUGGGCUUUAAGAUUGUGUAAAUUACGAUUUAAGAAAGAAUGUAAUAUUAAUAUUAAUUUUAUCAAUAAUUUUUAUUUAAUUUGUAAUGUAUAAGACAUAUCGUAUUUAUUUUAUGCCCAAAAUCUACAUGAUUGAUAAAUGUAGUUUUAUGAUUACGCUGAGUGUAAAUGUACUUCUUGUAGAUUCUAUUUAAACGUAGCCAUUAUACUAGAUCUGUUCUGAUAAUAAAUGAUAAAUACUAUGAAAAUUACCCAAAAAAAAUAAUUGUAAUAAGUGUUGAUUAAUGAUUUGUUCAGUGUUGGUGAAUUAAUGUUAUAAUGUAUAGUAAAUAUAAAAUAAUUAAGUAAAUAUUCCGAUACAAAUUCAAUAAUGUAAUAAAAUCAGAUAUCCAUUAAAAAAUAAUAACAUUGGUCUGUUUUUGAUGUCACUAAAUUACACUCGUCAUCAUAAUAUCUCUUUCUUUAUUUAUGAAGUUAGUAGGGACAGAGUUAUGUAUUUAAAGAUCAUUUGACAUUUUACUGACCCUUGACCUACGAAUAAUAAAAAGUAAAAACUAAGGAAAUGUAACUCCCAUACU